AUGGCGAGCGCAAACACAACAUCAUACGACCUCCCGCCGCUCCCCGAAUACACCCUCGAACCUCUCCAACCGCUCACAUCGUGGGCAUCCGACGCCUUCAUACAAGCGGCAUUGCCUGUUGUUGGCUACUGGGUCGUCUCUCUGAUCUUUCACGCCAUUGAUGUUUACGACCUGUUCCCGCAAUACCGCCUGCACACGCCAGCUGAGGUCCUCAAGCGCAACCAUGUUUCACGAUACGAAGUACUACGCGACGUUAUACUCCAGCAAAUCAUCCAAAUAAUUGCCUCCUUCAGCCUGUCGUUAUUCGACGACGCGCCCACGACUGGCAAAGCUGACUACGAUGUCGCUUGGUACGCGCAAAAGAUCAGGCUCGCACAACGCGCCGUCCCAUACGUCUUGUCUGCAGUAGGCGUCAACCCAAUUGUGCUAGCCUCCAAGGUUGCUACUUCUCAACCGAUGCUCUCUUCUGUUCUUGUCGGAGGCAAAUACCCCGCGCUGCUGCAGACAGCGACAAUUGCCGGAGAGCAGACUCUGGUUCCCGCUUUUGCUUCAUGGGAGAUGGCUGUCGCUAGCUUUGCGUACUGGUAUGCCAUACCCGCCCUCCAGUUCAGUGCUGCUAUUGUCAUCAUGGACGCGUGGGAGUACAUGCUGCACCGUGCGAUGCACUUGAACAAGUGGUUAUAUGUAACUUUCCACUCACGCCACCACCGUCUUUACGUGCCAUAUGCCUACGGAGCUCUGUACAACCACCCGAUCGAAGGAUUCGCGCUCGAUACCCUGGGUGCUGGUUUGAGCUACCUGCUUACCGGCUUGACAAUGCGUCAGUCCAUGUGGUUCUUUACGGGAUCUACCAUCAAAACGGUCCUCGAUCACGGUGGUUACGCUUUUCCCUACGACCCUAUCCACUGGAUCUUCCCCAACAAUGCCGCUUACCACGAUAUCCACCAUCAAAGCUGGGGUAUCAAGACCAAUUUCUCGCAACCCUUUUUCGUCUACCUUGACCGACUUGGUGGAACAAUGUACAAAGGCGAUGUAGCCGCCAAGUACGAGCGUGCUCGUCUUACGGCGCAGCAGAAGGUCGACCAAGAAAAAGAGAAUGAAGCUACCGCAGUGCCUCUGCCAAUUGCUACAGCCUCCAGUCUGUCACAAGACGAGAGUGCGGUGCCACAAGGCGCAUCCACGCCUCGCAUUUCACGAAAGAAGGCCAGCAGCAUUUCAUCGACAGCGGGCACGAACUUCAAAGACCUAACGAACAAGGUCAACCAAAACUUGCACGGCAGGAGAGCCAACGUUCUAGGGCUAGAAAGCUCGCAUUGA